CUUAUGGAGGCGAAACAUCCCGGAGAAGAAGUUAAUCGACUGCAGUCAAACAGUGACAGUAAAACAGUCAAACUGUGUGAACAUGCCUGAGGGUUUCCCUUCUUCUUGACAGCGGAGAGGCAGCGUUUUCAUGAUGUCGGUCCCCACAGUGGAGGCGUUUCCACGAUGGCUAAACUGAGCCGCAAACUUUAAACAAGGAGACUUCUCUUAUGCCCGUUAUCAACUUUAACUAAUCAACACCACCAUGGCAUACUCUACCUUCAUCUUCAUAUUUGCUUUUAGUUCGUACUUCGGCGUGUCCAAGUGUUCCUUCGUGAUACCGCUGAAGAUUUACCCGGGGAAGUUGAACGUCUCCUCGGAGCUGAGUCGCAGGGUCGUGUUGGCGGCCGAUGGGACCGGCCUCUCGCUGGCCUCGGAUCCCACCGGCACCGUGGACUUCCUGGACAUGGUGGAUAACCUGCAGGGAGACUCUGGGAGAGGCUACUACAUAGAGAUGGCUCUUGGUAAUCCUGGGCAAAAGGUGAACAUCCUGGUGGAUACGGGCAGCAGUAACUUCGCCGUGGCUGCGGCAGCACACCCUUUCAUUACUCACUACUUCAACACUGCGCUCUCCAGUACAUACCAGUCAGUUGGCAGGACUGUGGCUGUCAGGUACACGCAGGGAAACUGGGAAGGUGAACUGGGCAUUGACAGCGUCUCCAUCCCCAACGGCCCAAACGGGACCUUCGUCAUCAACAUCGCUGCCAUCCUGUCCUCUGAAGGCUUCUUCCUCCCCGGGAUCAACUGGCAGGGCAUCCUGGGACUGGCUUAUCCCAUGCUGGCACGGCCUGACCCGUCCGUGGAGCCCUUCUUCAACUCUUUGGUGCAGCAGCUGGGAAUCCCGGACAUCUUCUCCCUCCAGAUGUGCGGUGCUGGACUGUCAGCCAGCAGCACAGCGGACCCCACAGGAGGCAGUCUUAUCAUAGGUGGGGCUGAGCCGGCUUUGUAUCAGGGGUCCGUGUGGUACACCCCCAUAGUAGAGGAGUGGUACUAUCAGGUGGAGGUUUUGAAACUGGAGGUGGGCGACCAGAAUCUGGACCUGGAUUGCAGAGAGUACAACAUGGAUAAAGCUAUAGUCGACAGCGGGACGACACUGCUGCGUCUUCCUGCCAACGUCUUCAAUGCGGUGGUAGACGCCAUCACACGCACCUCUCUGAUCCAGGACUUUUCUUCAGGGUUCUGGGAUGGCAGCAAGUAUGCCUGCUGGUUGAAGGGAGAGACGCCCUGGAGGUUUUUCCCCAAGCUGUCCAUCUACUUGAGGGCCACGAACACCAGCCAGUCCUUCCGCAUCACCAUCCUGCCUCAGCUGUACAUCCAGCCGAUCACAGACGUGGACGGCACACUGGACUGCUUUCGUUUCGGGUUGUCGUCGUCAGCCAACGGCCUAGUGAUCGGUGCUACCGUUAUGGAGGGCUUCUACACAGUGUUUGACCGAGCCCAGCGGAGAGUCGGAUUCGCACUCAGCAACUGUGCAGUGAGCGGUGGAGUGGCCCUCUCAGAGAUCGCGGGGCCCUUCUCAGCAGCAGACGUGGCGGCCAACUGCUCCGUGGGGCCGCAGAAGGAUCCCCUCCUCUGGAUGAUCUCCUACGCCCUGAUGGCGGUGUGCGCCGUGAUCCUCAUCAUCCUGCUGCUGCUGCUGGUGCUGCCCUGCCGCUGCAGGAGCCGCUCCGGGGAGAUCACCGACGAGUCCUCUCUGGUCCGCCACCGCAUCAAGUGACUGAGAGGAAACGGACUGAGGAGCAGCGAGCAACAGACCAAAUCCACGGAGGCGGAGAAAGAUGUGACGCUCGCCUCUGAAAGUCUGACUGACACUAAACUGCACUCCUCAGUUGUACCCCAUGGAGGUCCACUCAGAUAAACUGACUCCUGAUGGGAAACCACAAAAACAUUGCCUCAAAACAGCUGUUGUGCUGUUCAUGGUUCACAUUUCUUCUUCGGUGGUGCCUCUUUCUUAUUCUCUUUGUCACAACAUGUCAUACAGUGGAGGAAAUAAGUAUUCGAUCCCCUGCCAAUUUAGUUAGUUUACCCACUUACAAAGACCUGAACAGUCUGUCAUUUUUAUGGUAGGUUUAUUUUCACAGUGAGAGACAGAAUAUCAAAAAACAAAUCCAGAAACGUACAUUCAAAAAAAGAUAUAAAUGAAUAUGCAUUUAAUUAGGGGAAAUAAGUAUUUGAUCCCCUUGCAAAACAUGCCUUAGGGAAUGAGGUUAUCAGCCAAUAUUUUACGAUACCUGGCCCCCUCCAUCCUCCCCUCGAUGCGGUCAACCGCCCUGUCCCCUUAGCAGAGAAACCCCCCCCAAAGCAUAAUGUUUCCACCUCCAUGCUUGACUGUGGGGAUGGUGUUCUUGGGGUAAUAGGCAGCAUUUCUCUUCCUCCAAAAACGACAUGUCGAAUUGAUGCUUGAGAUCUUGAUUUUGGUCUCAUCUGACCACAUCACCUUCUCGUAAGCCUUCUCUGAAUCCUUCAGAGGAUCACUGACAGACUUCAGACGGCCUGUACAUGUGCCUUCUUGAGCAGGGGACCUUUCGACCGCUGCAGGAUUUAAUCCAUUACGGCGCAGUGUGUUACCAAUAGUUUUCUUGGUGACUGUGGUCCCAGCAGAUCAUUAACAAGUCCCUCCUGUGUAGUUUUUGGCUGACCCUUCAUCUUUCUCAUGAUCAUUGAUGCCCCAAGAGGCGAGAUCUUAGAUGGUGGAGCCCCAGAUUGAGGGCAAUUGAUGGUCAUUUUGUGCUACCAAAAUUACAGACUGUUGAUGUCUUUGUAAGUGGGUAAACUAACUAAAUUGGCAGGGGAUCAAAUACUUAUUUCCUCCACUGUAUGUGACACAAAGAAAGACAUCCUUAGAGGCUAAGGAGAAGAAAAGAUGCAAUUUCUACACAGUCUGCAGCUGGAAAGGUCAUAACCUGUGUAGCUUCAGGACAGUUUUUCCUGAUGGGUAUGAGUUGCUUUUGCUCAGCUAGAAACUGUUGUUGUCUAUCAGUAUUGCAACUACACCGACUCAGUUUGAGUGUAUUUUGAGAGAGCACUAAAAUCAAACUCAUGCUUAUUUUCUUUGGACCCAUCAAAAGGUAUUCUGGGAAAUAUAGGACAUUCUCGUUACAGACAAUCACAAGAUGCUUACGGACAAUUGAUGCAUUUUGAACCAUUUUAAAGCUACUGAUAUUUUUCUCUCGAGGCAAACGUUGUAUUAUUCAUUUCUAAAUGCACAACCACAAAUGUGCCUUCUCAGUCUGAUUUACUACAGUGUGUGAUCAAUGAAGGAACGUUUCUUAUAUAAAGUGGUGCAGUACUGAGGUUUUUUGUAGCUUGAAGAAGAAGUUAGGGCUCCUGACAAAAAUCUGUUCUAUUUUUCAUUGGAUUUUGCAGAAAAAUAAGAUCUGGGGCAGACAAGCCUUUAUGAAACGUACACAUUUGAUCAGUAGGAUAAUCUCUGCGCAUUUACUUUGGGAGUAAAAAGCUAACGUUAGGCUAUAAACAUACUACAGCACGGUCACCACCGCUAAGCUAAAGGUGGCUAAUGUUGUUCAGUCGUGUCAUUUAGGACGCUUGUGAGCAACCGCUGUUUUUGUCGCUACUUUGAUUAAACUGGAAGUGGUAAAAUGCUGACUCAUCUCCAUGUAUAAGGACUUAUUCCUGCACCGCUCUUCUUUGAAGUAAGAUUAAAUUGAAAGCCUGCCUGUGUGUGUUGAAGUAGAGAAAAGCUGCUCAAACGAUCACUGUUAAUAGGAGAAUAUUUGUACACACGUUUACAGCGCCUGUAGUGCCUUUAAGUCUCACUGCUGAUAAACACAGUCAGCUGAAUUGCACUUUGUUUCUAAAGUCAAUCAAAAGUGUAUCAUAAAACUAGAGAUCAGUAUUUUUUGAUCAGUUAUGCAAUGUGUUGUAUUAAUGUCAUUUUACUACUAAUUCUGUCUACGUUUAUUUAAAUCUCCCUGAAUGCGAUUGUAUUGUAAUCCCAAAUCUUACAUUUUUGGCACAUAUGUAUGUAUUUAUACUGCUCAUUUUAUACAAACAGUACAAUUAAAGGCAAGGUUUUUUUUGAAAAUGACACAAACACACACUCCUUCAGUUGACUUCAAUUAGCUGUCUGCUGAUUUGUUAGCAAUAAAAAAAACAAGGUAUCAUUUUACACAAGUUCAUAUGUUAAUGAAUAAAUAUGACACGUGCUAGAUCUCAUUGUCUUUCCAAAUUCAAAGUUGUCAGAUUGAAGGUACACUUGUAUCUUUCAAUGUUGGCUUAUUUAUAAGUGAUAUCUUUGGUGCCAAAAUCCUGCUUGUGCCGCAAAAACUUGUGACCAAAUCAAAAAUGUAAUGUAAUAAAUUGAACGCAAUAAAGAUAUCUUUGUGUGUGAGUUAAAUCAGAAACCAAA